AUGAAUACUAAUAAGAUAGCACAAGACGAAGUCCAAGAUAAGGUUUUGCAAAGAGCAGAACUAGCACAUUCUGUAUGGAACUUAAGGUUCAACCUCAGUAAAGUUGCCAAACGGAUUCGCAUGGAAACAAAGGUAUUUCCAGAGAUAAAGAUAAAUGACGCGCAAUCACAGUUAGAGCGAUCUAGGUGUAGAAUAUUUAGCCCUGACCUGGAGGAAGAACAUGUGCCCUUGAUUCAAGGCUUUAAAUGUUUGGAUUCACCCCCUCCCGUUCCACCAAGCUCAUCGCAGGGGGAGGAUGAAGAGAACACGGUAGAUUCGCAAUACUAG